AUGACACGGUAGCAACUUAGCAAGAGCGAACUACGACAUUACGGCAGUGCGGCGUGACGGGUAUGAAGUGAUAUUUGUUGGAAUAUCACAUACGAACAAAGUCGUCAGACGGCUGUAUAACAUAACCGUGUUGACUCGUAACCUAUUUUCUUUACACCGAUUUUGUUUUUCACAUCUUCAACUGAACGGAGUUUUUUAAUCGAGGGUGAUCCUGGGUGUUCCGCGUAGCGUUUAUCGCUUCCAAGAUGUACACACGAAGCAGACAAAGCCAGAAUUACGGUAACGGACGAAAUACAAAUAACUCUCAAGGUCAGGGAAGUCAAGGAAACCAGGGAGGCCAAGGAUCUUAUACAAUGCCUUAUAAUACACAAGGAAGUUACCAAUCAUCGCAAUCUUCGUCCAUUCAACAAAGCAAUUAUAAACAAGACAACGUACAAAACUCACAAGGAUUCAAAUCACAGCAGCAACAGCAACAGCAACAACAACCAACGCAAAUGGCAGCAGCUGCAUCAACACGGCCUGUACCAACUAUAGCACCUACACAACAACUAAAACAACUUCAAAAGCCCCCACCACAAUUACAACAGCAACAAGGACCGCAGCAAAAGUUACAAAUGCAACAGCAGCAGCAGCAGCAGCAACAACAGCAGCAGCAGCAGCAGAAACUACAGCAGCAGCAACAAGCAUCACCACAGCAAAUGAACCAACAAGUUAUGCAACAGCAAUCACAGCAGCAGCAGCAACAAGCGUCGAAUCCACUUCCAUUGCCGCAGCGAUUGAAACCGAUUUUAAAACAUACUACAGCAGGUGCACAAUCCACUGGACAAACUGCUGUUUCUCAGCCUUCUUUGAUUGCUCCAAACGCAUCUAAUAAUAAUUCUGAGACGGAUGACAAGUCUGAGAACAUGGAUGUUGAUAUGCAAGAUGUCCAACCGAGAUGGCGAAGGAAGAUACCUGGAUUUAAAGUAAAUAAAAAAUUAAAACGUCUUCGUAUGAACCAACGUCUAAGGAAAACUCUACAACCCAAAAAUGCAAUCAUGGUAUUAAAUGAAAUGAAAGCUGGAGUCCAAUUUACAUUCCCUGAAACACAAGGACCCAUGCCUAACUCGCUUUAUCUUGUUCAUGCUGAGCUCGAUGGUAAAACUUACGUUGGGCAAGGAUUAUCUAAACCACUUGCUCGCCAAAAUGCAGCUGAAAAUGCAUUAAAAGCUUUACUACUUGAAAAAAUGACAGCAGCAUCUAUGAAAGCGCGUCUAGAUGCUGAAUCAGAUGGACAAACUAUUAAUGCAUCUAUGGAUGAAAUAAAAGAAGAAAAUAAUGAUGAUAGCACAGUGAUGGAUACAAAUUCUGAAGAUGAGAUUCCAUGGAGCUCAUUGGCCAGUUUUGCACUUUAUAAACUCUUUCUUGAAUGGCAUAAUCAAGGAACAUCAGUUCCAGUCCCACGACCUGGUUUACCAAAUGCAAAAGGAAUUAAGAAAGAAAGUCCUAAUAUUAAAACUUCUACUCAAAAAGAACUUCCACCCAAUCCUACUAAUAUACAUCCAGUUAUGUUGUUGAAUCAAAUGAGACCUGGACUAACAUAUGCAGAGCUCAGCCGUGUUGGUAACCCACCGAAUACAAUGUUUACUCUAGCUGUUGAAAUUUGUGGAAUUGAAUAUUCCGGAACAGCUAAAAACAAAAAAGAUGCAAAGAAAGCAGCAGCUAAAGCAGCAUUACUGGCAUUAUAUAACUUAACUUAUCCAGAAGAUGUUAAUAAGCAGGAUUUAAUGGCAAUUGGUUAAAGUAAAUAUCUUACAUUUCAAUAUACUUUUCAAAAUGUAAUGUGUGUUAUAUACACAGGUUUUUUU